GCACCGAGUUACACCAGUGUAUAACACCAAAACGCCCCAUUGUAAACCCGGCUUUCGGCUUUGUAAUGCGAAGUACGUCCGAAACGUCGAAAAGUGCCGGAAACCACCGAUCAAGCUCCCUGAACGUCAAGGUUAAAAAAAAGCCAAGAUCGAAAGUGAACGUCAUGCUUGGCAAUUCGCGAUUUUAGCGGCAAGUGUCAAAACGAAGACGAGCCGAUCAGCUGCGACUCCAUUUUUUUGUUUAUUGAAAUCAGCUGUUACCCGCGGUGUCUUCCCAAACUUGCGCAGCCCUAGAGAAUAUUUUUAGAAAAAGAUGUUAUCGUCUUAGCACGCCGCCUAUAACCUUCCCCCUAACCCCGAUUAUUAACUGCUGUGAUAGUGUCCUUUUCUGCAACGAUGAACAACCAACAACGGAAAUCGAUAUUUAAAGACAUAUACUAUUAUCCUUACGGCAACUGCAAAAACAACUUCUACCACUUUUACAACAACGCGAAAGAUAACUUGGACUUCAUUCAGAGAUUGAAAUUGAUCGGCCGUCUCGCGAUCCACCAGGGCUGCGUUAACACGCUGUGCUGGAACGAGACCGGCGAGUACAUCCUGUCGGGCUCGGACGAUCAACGCCUGAUGAUCACGAACGGCCACACUUACAAGGUGCACGAAGAUUAUCACACGAGUCACAACGCUAACAUUUUUAGCGCUAAAUUUUUACCAAACACCGGCGACCGACAGAUAGUAUCGUGCUCCGGGGACGGCUUAAUUUUACACACAGAUUUAGGUAACCCUCAGGAAACGUUAUACAACCAGUUCACCUGCCAUAUGGGUACCACAUACGAAGUUAUAACAGUGCCUAACGAUCCCUUCACGUUUCUAAGUUGCGGCGAAGACGGCACCGUCCGCUGGUUCGACUUACGCCUGAAAACCAAGUGCAAGAAGGUUCGUUGUUGCGAUGAUAUUAUCAUUGUGAAUUCUCGCGCAGUCACUGCGCUAGUAAUUAAUCCGUUAGCACCGCAUCACUUGGCGAUCGGCUCGUCCGAUUCCGCCGUGCGAAUUUUCGAUCGGAGAUUCCUAGCCACUCCCGCGAGUGGUAAAUUUACCCCACCUGCCGUCUUCCACUAAUUUUAAAUCGUCUCGUUUGCAGAUAAGACGGCAACCGAACCGUUUUGUACCUUUGUCGCGCCGGACCUGGACGACCGACCGUAUCGUAUCACUUCGUUGGGAUACAGCCUCGACGGGCAGGACGUGCUCGUUUCGUACUCGUCGGACCACUUGUAUUUGUUUAACGUGCAGGAGGAUCGGGUUACGCAACUGCAGAGGAAGCUGAAGACGAGGGAGUCGAGUAAGUGUAAAAAGUGCGAGAAGCGGGAGAAUUUGUCGCCGCCUGUCAGGCGGCUGAGGUUGCGAGGUGAUUGGUCGGAUACUGGGCCCGAUGCUCGACCCGAAAGCGACACUACCACCACAGUCAACAUUGGCCAAGCGCGACCUCAGCUCCACUCGACCCUUAUGCAGCGGAUGACGGACGUACUCUCGCGCAUGCUCAACGACCCGCUAACCCGGGCAGCUUUGAGCGCCGGCGGCGAAGACUCUCUAGACGAAAACGAGCAGGACGCCGCGCCGGUGCAGUCGAGCGAAGACUCGUCGGACGCCAUCACCGGUCUGGACGAAACCGGCAGCAUGGAGGUCGACGAUUCCGCAAACGCCAGCACCUCGGAGACGGCCACCGCCGACUCGGAAGCGUCGAAACCGUCCGAAUACAAAUCGCCCGUAAUGAGUCAUCUCCGCAACCACCUCACGACGCUGAGAAACUUGCGGCACGGUUUCAUCGAGCAGCACGGAUCCGAACCGUCGGUUAGCUUGAAAUAUUCGGAGCAAAGCACUUCGAAUUCGACGAUCAGCCUGCGUGCCGGCAACGAGGUCGAUCGGGCCAACUUUGCCGAGGCGACGGCCGCUUCGACGUCGGGCGCGGAAAGUGCGACAGCGGAAGAACAAAAGAUGGACGAGCUGUCAGACGUUGAAUUGGAUUACGAAUCGGACGGCGACGAAACGGCCGAGGAACCGAAAGGGGGCGGCACGUACGAGGCGCAAAUGAAAAUGAAGUACGUGGGUCAUCGCAACGCGCGAACGAUGAUAAAGGAGGCGACGUUUUGGGGCAACGAUUACGUCAUGUCCGGCUCGGACUGCGGUCACAUCUUCAUCUGGGACCGAAAGUCGGCCGACCUGAAGAUGCUGCUCCAGGCCGAUCAGCACGUCGUGAACUGCCUGCAGCCGCAUCCGACGUUGCCGAUUCUGGCGACGAGCGGCAUCGACCACGACAUCAAGUUUUGGGCGCCGACCGCCGAGGAGUCACUGUUUGAUCAGAAAAUGGCGGACGAUUUGGUGAAACGCAACGCCAUCAUGCUCGAGGAGACGAAGGACACGAUCACCGUUCCGGCUGCGUUUAUGAUACGCAUGCUCGCCUGUCUCAAUCACAUCCGACGUGGGGGACGUUUACGAUCGAGAAUGCGCGAGGAGGCGGACGAAUCCUAAUUUAAUUCAUUUUUGAAUGUGAUUGUGGUUGAAAAAUAUUUAUUUGUUCACUUUUUUUUCCUAAAUAAAGAGUCAUACUUAUUUGUAAGCAAAAAAAUGAUCAUC